UUUACUUAUCUUAUUAUAGCAAGCUCAAUAUAUAGCUGAUAACUUGAUCAGGUCUGAAAAAACAUAAACCAAGGUUCUAUGUUCAGAGUUGCAACUCCAACAUUAAGUGACUAGUAACUUCUUACCUUCUAAUUCUCCCAUAUCAGUUGGGGAGUUCUGAAAGUGGCAGCAGGCCAUGGCAACUCUGAGAAUUUCCUCUAUUCGUCCAACACUACAAGUUCCGGCCAACUCUGAUAAAGCCAAAUCCCGUAAGUUCACUUCCUUGGGGUAUAAGCAGACACUCACCUCCUCAUUCUCCUUAGUUGAAAGACACAAACCCUCAUUUAGGACAUUCACCACCAUUUCAUCUUCUAUUACAACUGAGACUGAAAAACCAUCUGCACCACAAGCUAAAACUCAGACCCAAGAUGAGAAAUUUGACUGGUAUGCCCAUUGGUAUCCGUUGAUGCCAGUUUGUGACCUUGACAAAAGGGCACCGCAUGCGAAGAAGGUUUUAGGUAUUGAUGCGGUGGUGUGGUGGGACAGAAAUGAGAAUGCUUGGAAGGUGUUUGAUGAUGCAUGUCCUCACAGACUGGCUCCAUUAUCUGAAGGGAGGAUUGAUCAAUGGGGAAGGCUGCAGUGCGUUUAUCAUGGCUGGUGUUUUAAUGGCUCCGGUGACUGCAAGUUCAUCCCUCAGGCACCUGCCGACGGUCCUCCGGUUCACACAUCUAAGAAAGCAUGUGUAGGUACUUAUCCAAGUACUGUGCAGAAUGGAAUAGUGUGGUUCUGGCCAAGUUCCGAUCCUCGAUACAAAGACAUUCUAGCACAUAAAAAACCUCCCUACAUACCGGAAAUGGAUGAUCCGUCGUAUACUUGCCUGAUGGCAAGUAGAGAGCUCCCUUACGGGUAUGAAGUCUUGAUUGAAAACUUUAUGGAUCCUGCUCAUGUUCCAUACGCACAUUAUGGACUAAUGCAAACUCAACACCCGGAAGUGAAGGCUGAUAGAGAAGGGGGCAGACCAAUAGACUUCUAUAUUCCUAAGUUAGACAUAAAUGGUUUCACCAUAGAGAACCAGGGUUCGGGUCAGGGUAAAUUUAUGCCACCAUGUCUGUUUUAUACAUCUCUCUUUGGUCCGAUUGACAAUAGUAAUGGGGCUGCAUCCUCCGGAAAACCGUACGGUUUCCUCAAACCACCUGGAACUGAAAUGGUGUCAUUAGCCGAAAGGGGCCAGAAGAGACUUCUGUUAGUUUUCUUCUGUGUUCCAGUUAGUCCAGGUCAUAGCAGAAUGAUAACGACCUCCCCAAUAAACUUUGUCUCUAAGAUUCCACGAUGGAUACAACACAUUGGACUCAACCUCGUUGUGGACUCAGAUUUAUAUUUGCUUCAUCUUGAGGAACAAAGGAUAAUGGAUGCUGGCAUUACCCGGUGGCAGAAAGCCUGUUUCUUGCCAACAAAGUCAGAUGCCGUAGUCAUUGGUUUCCGAAAGUGGUUAAACCAGUAUGCGGGUGGUCAAGUAGAUUGGAGAGGCAAAUUCACUGGGGGUGCGCUUCCCCCCACUGUUCCUAAAGAACAAUUAUUGGACAGGUACCAGUCUCAUGUUGUGAACUGCAGCAGUUGCAAUGCUGCCCACAAGAAUCUGAGCCUGCUUAAAGUGGUAAUGCAGGUUGUUUCAUUUUCUUUACUCGGAAUUGUUGCUGCAAGCAAGCAAGGAAUGCUAUCAUCAGUGGUUGCAAAAGGUGCACUACUUGCAACAGCUCUGCUCUGCUUUUCAGGUUCUAAAUGGUUGGGUAAUUUUAUCUACAAAACUUUUCACGUUCACGACUACAACCAUGCCCUUGUGUAAGAUUCAAGGUUCAGCGACGUAAUGUAAUUUCCUAAGGAUAUACUGAACGUAUGGAACCAAACCUUGUUGAAAAUAAGAUCUGUAAUAAUAAGAGAAUUAUUGUGUAAAUUAAAUUUGAUAAGAUUCAAACGGUUCAAAUUCCUU